GUCUGGUUAAUCCAUCAUUUUCUCUUAAGGCACGCCGGGAUAUUGAUGCCUUGUCGAGUCUUCAUGUCAAGUAAAUCACUCCAACAUGGCUGAUCCCGCCGCCGACCUCUCUCGAGGGCCGGUCCUUCUCUCCUUCUCCCUGGCCACGGCGUGCUUUGCCAUAGCCACUACCUUUGCUCGCUUUUACGUUCGGUGGGGAAAAAGUGGCGGCUUCGGGGCGGACGACUAUGCCAGUGGGGCGGCUACGGUAUUGGCAUUGUCGGGAACCAUCUUUAGCAUCCUCGAGAGCACCGCAUCCGACCCGGCACGGGCUUUACAGUUCAAAGUGAUAGGCCAGCCAUGGCCUGUCAUCAGCGCCACCCUCAGCAAGAUUUCAAUAUGUCUCUUCUUCAUGGGCCCCUUGAGAGGGGCGCGGCAUUGGAGAAUCUUGUUGGCUGGGCUAAUCGUGGGAAUGGCUGUCAUCAACCUAGCCUCGGUCAUGGUCGGGUACCUCCAAUGCCGGCCGUUGGAGAAGACAUGGAAUCCUGUUGUGGUUGGGGCCUGCGCGGACCCAAGCAUACAAGCCAAUUUUGGCUACGCUCAUGGCGUCUUUUCGGUGUUUACCUGGGUGUUUCUCUCUCUGUUUCCAAUAUUAAUGAUCCGCGAAGUCCCCCGCAGCCAACCAACAGGGCCACUAUACGCGACAUCUGCCCUGAGCUUCGUGUAAGUCUCCGGAAAUCUUCCCACCAAACUCCAUAUUCACUCAGCCACGCAGCUCCGGCAUCUUCGUCAUUGUGUGGACCGCACAAACCUCACAAACAUCCCGCGUCAGCACGUACACAACCCACUUCUUCUACGCCUCUCUCAU